GGUGAUGUCCGUUAUGUGCAGAGCGAUGUGAUUGGCCUCUUGGUGAUGUCCGUUAUGUGCAGAGCGAUGUGAUUGGCCUCUUGGUGAUGUCCGUUAUGUGCAGAGCGCUCUGUCAUUGGCUAACGCUUCUGGUCCCGCCUACUCACAAGUGCUUCACGAAUUUGCGGCGCUAUAUUUUUAGCUUGUUAGCAUGCUAGCAUCAGCAUCGUCGAUAUAAAUUCACAGCAUUUUUGCUCUUUUAUUGUUGAGCAUUUGAAUAGUACCGAACCAUGUACUUUAGCCGCAUAUUAUAAAUGCGAAGCACGCGAGUGUAGUAGCUUUGCGCCAUUUUUAACGCACAAGUCUUGCUUAUUCGGGAUGUUUUUACCCUUAACAUGGAGACAAAACGAGGGGAGAUUCCUAACGGGGUGCUGGAUGACCUUUGCAGUCGCUUCAUUCUUCACAUCCCCAGCGAGGAGCGGGACAAUGCCAUCCGAGUGUGCUUCCAGAUCGAGCUUGCCCAUUGGUUUUACCUGGACUUCUGCCUGCAGAAUUCACCAGGACUACCUCAGUGUGGGAUAAGAGACUUUGCCAAGGCUGUUUUUAACCAUUGUCCAUUCCUGCUGCCCCAUGGAGAGGAUGUUCAGAAGGUUUUAGAGCAGUGGAAAGAGUAUAAGAUGUGUGUGCCCACGUUUGGUGCCAUUAUUCUUGAUGAAACACUUGACAAUGUGUUGAUGGUCCAGGGUUAUCUGGCCAAGUCUGGCUGGGGGUUUCCUAAAGGGAAAGUCAAUGAGGACGAGGCUUUCCAUGACUGCGCUGUGAGAGAAGUUUUGGAGGAGACGGGCUUUGACAUCCGAGAUCGUAUUUGCCAAAAAUCAUAUAUUGAGCAGAGAAUUUCAGAUCAGUUGGUUCGAUUGUACAUUAUUCCAGGAGUACCUAAAGACACCAAGUUCAACCCCAAGACCAGAAAAGAGAUAAGGAACAUUGAAUGGUUCCCAAUGGAUAAACUGCCUUGCCACAGGAACGAUAUGACCCCCAAAUCCAAGCUUGGACUGGCUCCUAACAAGUUUUUUAUGGCUAUUCCAUUUAUGAGGCAGCUCAGAGAGUGGAUUGCCAAACACAAAGGAGAGUCAACGAGCAGCGAUGAGGAUUUUGCGUCCAAUGGCAGCACACCAUGCAAACCAUUCCGCUCUAAGCCCAGAAGGUCUCAGAUGUUGGUGGAAGCGUCUCCUGAAAGCUGGUCCAAGCAAAAACAACAGAAACCCUUCGGACAAAACUCCCAGAGCGAGUUUGUAGAUGUGCUUAAACCCAAGCAGAAUCACGUGAAAAGCAGCAGCAAGAAACACCAGGAGUCUCCAAACCUGAAAAAAAAAGCUAAUGGUGUGAGUCAGCAGCAGAAAGAUGACAAGAAACUUCAGCCCAGAAGACUGCAGGAUAAUUUUGACACGGAUUUCACAACAGGUUCAAGUUGGUCAUGUGGAUUUGCUGUGUUGACCAAUAGAAAGCUGCUUGAUAGUGUGAGCUAUGCGUCUGGUGAUGUCUACGGUUGUAACGGACAGGCAGACGCGUGUUAUGAGGAAUACGUCCACUCCUCACGCUCUUUUCUCAGCUUCAGAUUUGACAGAGAGGCCAUCAUGAAAUCCUGCUUUGAGUCCUGAAGAUCUGCUGUACGGCCUCUGGUUUUUAAAAGAUCUGAUGCAGUAAAUUUCCUGAAUAUCUACAAGUGGAUCUUCUGCGCUGUAAACCUGUUGGUCGAGAUGCAUUGUGUGUUGGACCAAGAAUCAAGGACAAUGUCAGUUCCUAUACAUCUGGAGUACUGUUAGCUUGAGUUCUUUUUAGACUUAAUAUUUAUUCUAAAAACUUGAAUAAUGAAUGCAUUGUUUUGUCACUAAAGAUGAGUUUUUCUUUGCAAACCUGCUCUUUGUAAUCUGUUAAGGAACUAACUGGUUUUGUCUGAAACACAUAACAGUAGUUUGGUUCAGAGCCCCUGAAGUGUGUAUUCUGCUCUUGUUUCAAUGUGAAUUCAGAUGUUACAGUAAUAAUCGGUCCAGCUGUAUGUUGAAUUUCUAUGGCUGAAGUCAUCUUGGUGUUUAUUGUGUGCUGUGUUUUUGCUGUUAAACAUAAAUCCUUGCAAAUAUAAGAAGCUGCUCAAAAGCAUGCUCUCAGAACAUCGCUUGACUGGUACUGUACAGAUAGGCUUGACAUUACUCGUCCAACAGCAGUAAAACUGCUAUAUACUUUUAAGUUCUCAGUCACCAAAUGUCUUCUCAGUUUGAUGCAUAUUGGAUUAUGCUGUUUGAUAAAUGACAUUUCAUCCAUGUUUCCCUGAAAUCGUUUUCUGGUGUUUUGUCGAGCAGUUUGUUUUCUGUUGUCAUUUAUAUUUUUUAUCAUGCUUCAAUGCUUCCCAGGUUUCUUCACCCUCCACAAGGUUACAAAACUUAAUAUUUUCUCUGUGAAAUGGCACUUAAAUCUGUGGUAAGUUGAUUUACAAUUACGCUACAAUUAUAUAUUAUUUGCUUAACCACAUUAAUAGGGUUUGUAUUGUCAUUUAUUCUCCAUCAUUUUUUGGUUACUAAAAGACACUUUCUUAACGAG